CUCAUGUUUCUUUGGUCGCCUUCUGUGAUCCUGCCCCCCAAACAUUUGCGAGACUGAACGAUCAAAGCGGGGGACAUGUCUGAAACUUGAUAUUUCGUGCCUUAUGUGACUGGCACGAAGGCUUCCCCAGUCUUGAAAACCCUUACUCCCUGGAGGGCCCGUGCCUGUGCCCGUGCCUGUUCAUGUUCAUUUCGCAACGGAAUGUGCCCUAGCCCUGUGAGGGGUCAAAAGGCAGAAAAGGCAACCGAUUCUCAUUACCCGAAGAACGGGCUGACACUGAGAUGUAACUUUAGGACUGACUCGGCACGGACAUAUUUGUUGUGUGCCUUCAAUUCCCUUUUCUCGGGGGGCCACCGCCAUUCUCCCUUUAUCCACGUCUUCGGCCUCCUCAAGUCUUGAUCUCACCUUCCUCUUGGUCAAUCUAGGGUGGUGGUGUACCCGCGUGCUCGGCUGGGCUUAUUCGUUCGAUCUUUUAGGAACGCCUUGUCUCUGCGACAGCCUUACGCGAAUGCCGUGGAUAUGCAUCUUUUAAGCGGAUUCAUCCACCCCGCCUGCAACAGUACGGAUUUGUCUGUAUCAACGGGUGCUGGCUUAAGGCCUGCGCCCGAUGUCCAGGCCAGUUUGGGCGUCUUCGCUUCCUCGUAUCUUGUACCGAAGGUUCCGCUCUCCCUGAGCUACGCGCACACAGAUUGGGUGUUUCACCAACGACGAGUUUUACUUCCACCCAACGAGUUCACAAUGCUCUACAGCACUAAAAUUGCAGUGUGCUGCUUGAGGCAUGUCAUGAAGACUUUGCCUGUCACACGGUUGGGCCGCACAGUCUGCGUGGCUCCAAAUGGGCUGGCCUCGACGCAAACAAACCGUCAACUGACCUGCUCGUCACGAAUUUGCCGUUGCAUACUCCGAACCAAUGGAGUGAUGUUUGGAUAUGGAUGUUCCUUGCCGUGCAUCAUCUGCAAGGCGACUGUACCCGAAACUGACCGGGACUUGGGUUCAUUGAACUCCGGGCUGAACAGAGACCUAUUGGACCGAGGCGCGAGGGAGUUUAUUCUCUAUCAGACGUUCGUGGUGCGAACGAGAAUUAGAGUGGCUUGCGACUGGCUGGAGAGUGAGAAUCGGCCUGAUCUUCAGCGCCUCUUAUCAAAAUUGUCGUUGUUGAACAAAGUUGGUAAGCUCCGUGAUUCUUGGGCUGGAAGUUACACCCAUGAUCUCAUCGAAGCUACUCCGCCUCGCCCCCAAAAUAAGGCCUUUUCAGAAUACCAGAAAGAGAUGUAAGAGGAAAAAAAAACUAACGUCCCAAGCCCAAGGCAACAAAAAAAAAUGGGGCAACGGCAACGUGUGAAACCGGUGUGAGGGUCAAAAUGGUAAGGCUGAGCGAGCAGAUACGAGGAAAAGUGUUCACCUUCCUUUUACAAGCCGUGCCCCCCCAAAUUACUUUAUCAGCUGCUCCGAGGAAAGGCAAAGAGAGAGGUACGUGCCGAGUCUUCCAGACCCGUCCUUGCUUCUUCCCGCUGUUGAAGUGAUUGCCGUCGAGGACGGGCCGGGAACAACCACCUUUGGGAGACAAGCAUCGCGUCAAUCCGUCCUCUCUUCACACUACCCCUGUUCUAUUUUCGGGACAGCUGAAUUCUCGAAUUGCCCCAUCUCUUCAAUCACCUGUCCUUGCUCAAAAGGCAGGGAACCAUGACAAGCGGCAACCCACAAGAAUCUGCAAGAAAGGGGUGAGCGAAAUACAGACUUCCAGCUCCCAGGAUCAUGGCAGGCAGAACUGUGUCCCAUCCUAGGCCUCCUAUCAUGGGACGACGAAAUCUCUCCUGACUCCAAAGGUGAAGGAGACCCCCUGAGGCUGGCGGAGAUGGAUUCUGACUCGGAUAAAGAAAACUUCUCUCGUCCGACAGCAUGACUCGAAGGGUUCUCGGUGACUCGAGAAAGGUCCGUCUGUCCCUCUUCAUUUUUCUUUUCCAACCUGCGCCACAAGGGGAAAAAAAAGAGAAAAGAAUAG